AGAAAAGAGGGAAAUAGAAUCGAAAAAAAUAAAAAUAAAAAAAACCGAAACAAACUUCAUCAACCCAUAAUUCACUCUUUCCCCUUUCAAUUGUUGUCGUUGGUUUCUUAACCGACGAAAGAACACACCAAACAUCAUCGUUCAUCUUUCAGAUACAUUAAUCGACAAUGGACGAUUCCGAGAAAUUAACGGCUUUGAAGAAGGCUUAUGCCGAUAUCAUACUCAACACAGCAAAGGAAGCAGCGGCGCGGAUCAUGGCUUCUGAGAGGAAAUCUAUGCUCUUACAGCAAGAGCUUGCUGCUACUAAAGAUGAAGCACUUAGGAUGCUUCUCAGACUCAAACAAAUGUUUGAUUCUAAGGUCAAAGAAUCAGAGCUUACAUUCUCGAGUCAGCAAAAGAAGAUCGACGUGCUCGAAGCUCAGCUGCAGGAAGCUGAGGAAAUAGUUAGAGACCUUAGGGCCGAGUUGAGAGAAACACAGUUUGAGCUGGAGAAUGUCACAAAACACCAAAUGAAUCCUCCAGCUGAACAAAACAUGAAGGAUGGAGUUGCAGCUAAUGGAAAUUUUAUGCAGGAGAACAGACUUCAUCCUUAUGAUGGAUCUGUGCAUUCUGCACCUAAUUUACAGUUGGAAUCAAUCUCAAUUUCUGAUACUAGGUGCCCUACUGUAAAUGGAACAGAUAAUGGAAGUAAGUUAUGUGUAUCUCGUGAUCAUGCAAACAGUUGCUACAUUCACAAUCCAGAUUUCGCAUCCAUAGUCAUUCGGAGGAAAGGCCCCGAGCUCUACAGAAAUGGAUGUACUCAGAGAAUACGAGCGCUUGAAAGGAGCCUUUUUGAUGGAAAUGUAUCUGUUUCAGAAAAUGUAGAUAAUGCACAGGAUGAAACUUUAGUUGGAGCACAUGAAGAUGGCAAGGAAAUGGCUGUUACAGAUAAUGGCAAAGCUGAUAUUAUUUGUGAAAAGGAAAAACAAGAUGAACUUAAAUUGACGAAAGCAGAUGCUGACCAUGUCAAACUUUCGGUCCGUAAAAAAUACAUGAGAUUUAAGAAGAGGAAAACUCGUCGAUCUAGAUUGCAUUCUUACCAGCGUAAGGGAACAAAUAAAAGAUCAUAUCUGUCUGUUGCCAAAGAUUCUCCUCAUGUAUUGGAUAACAAUGAUCCUUCCAAGGGGAAUUCUUCUACGGCACAUGAAAAUGAAGCUCUGAAGGAUCCAAUGUCUCCUUUGUCCGAAGCACCCAAUGACGCAACUGCAACAGUUGAGCAACCAGAUAAACUUAAAGUGGUAAAAGAAGGUGCUGAACUUAUCAAAGAUCUAGUUCAUAGAAAACACAGAAGAUUUGUGAAGAGGAAGACUCAUCAAUCUAGAUUGCAUUCUGGUCAGGUUAAGGAAACAAAUAAAGAACCAGAUUUGUCUUGUGCCAAAGAUUCUCAUCAUGUAUUGGGCAACAACGACCAUUCUAUGGAGAAUUCUUCUAUGCAACAUGGAAAUGAAGCUCAGAAGGAUCUUAUGUCUCCUCUCCCCAAAGCACCGACUAAUGCAACUACAGCAGUUGAGCAAUUACGAUCUUAUACCAAUACUGAAAAAGUGGAAAAAUUUCUUAAAUUCUGCAGUUUUAGGAACAAGAUUGUUCAUGAUACUGAACCAUUGGAUAAUUCAGAUUUGACAAGACAAGAAAGUUUGUCCACCGAAAGUAUGGAGGUUCCAGGUUGUAAAGAUGUCGAGGCAGCUGAUGGGUCACCAGAUAAAGUUGAUCCAAAACUAUCCAAUAUAGAUGAAACAGUUUCUAGUCGAUUUGAAAAUGAUAAGCUUCUCAAGUUCACAUUUCAUAGAAAGCGUAAGAAGGGGUCUGUAAGUAGCGGUGAUGCAGGCUGCUCUCCAGAUAAUAGCAAUUCAAAGAAAAUUUGUGGAGAGAAGCAAAAUGAUCAUGCGGAGACUCAGAAAUCUUGUACAAUGACCCAGUCUGUAAGUAGCGGUGAUGCAGGUCGCUCUCCAGAUAAUAGCAAUUCAAAGAAAAUUUGUGGAGAGAAGCAAAAUGAUCAUGUGGAGCCUCAGAAAUCUUGUACAUUGACUGAGUCAUCUCGGGAGAGCCGACGACUAGCACAAGUUGCUCGCCAGCUCAUAUCUUUGUCAGAGAAGAGAUGGUGAUAGUAGAUUUGUCGAUUGCUAUGAUGAGUAAUGCGCUAUUGUUUCCGGAGGUGGCGUUGAGGAUGCUUUACAUUGAUAGAGCCGUGGAACAUGUUAAUAACUUGUCAUUGUUAUAUUUUUAUGUCUAUUUUCCUUUCAUCCUUAAAUAGCAAUAGCUAACAAUAUAUCAUAGAACAUAUAUAUGUGCUGUUGAUUGGCAUUUUCUUGGGGUAAUGUUUCAAAGGCAAAUUUUGCUGAUUAUAAGCUAUAUUCCCGCCAAUGAUGAUUUUGGGUGUGCAGUGUUGAUGACAUACUCUAGAACUAAUAAAUAUAUAUAACAUGAAAUUGUG